UGGGUUUCUUCUUCACCCUUUUUUUUUUUUUUUUUUUUUUUUUUCACCCCCUAGCAGACGCAGAGGACGAGCAUGGCGAAUAAUAAAGAGCCCGGUGGUUUUCUGCAGCAGCUGCGGCAGAUAGCAGGCAGGAUGUCAUCAGGACCUCGGGGUGCAGGAGUCGGCAUCAAACUGCUGAUCGGCGCUGGAGCUCUGGCUUAUGGAGUGAAGGAAGCAACAUACACAGUUGAAGGAGGACAGAGAGCGAUCAUCUUCAACAGGAUCGGAGGGAUGCAGAUGGACACUGUUCUUUCUGAGGGACUCCACUUCAGGAUACCUUGGAUCCAGUAUCCCAUCAUCUACGACAUCAGAGCCAAACCCAGAAAGAUCUCCUCACUCACUGGAAGCAAAGACCUUCAGAUGGUGAACAUCGCGGUGCGAGUUCUGUCCCGGCCGCUGGCGUCCAACCUGCCCGCCCUCUACCAGCAGCUGGGACAAGACUACGACGAGCGCGUCCUGCCCUCCAUCGUCAACGAGGUGCUGAAGAGCGUGGUCGCCAAGUUCAAUGCUUCGCAGCUCAUCACUCAGAGAGCACAGGUUUCCCUGCUGAUCCGCAGAGAGCUGUUUGAGCGGGCGAAAGACUUCAACAUCAUCCUGGACGACGUGGCCAUCACCGAGCUCAGCUUCAGCCGAGAGUACACCGCCGCCGUCGAGGCCAAACAAGUCGCCCAGCAGGAGGCGCAGCGAGCUCAGUUUUAUGUAGAAAAGGCCAAACAGGACCAGAGACAGAAGAUCAUCCAGGCCGAGGGAGAAGCUGAGGCUGCCAAGAUGCUGGGCGAGGCCGUGACGAAGAACCCAGGCUACCUGAAACUCAGGAAGAUCCGGGCGGCGCAGAGCAUCGCCAAGACGAUGGCACAGUCCCAAAACAAAGUGUACCUGAGCGCGGACAGCCUGGUGCUCAACCUGCAGGACAGAGACAGCUACAAUUUGUUGCUGAAGUAAGAAGACAUCUCCCUCCGUCGGUUUGUCGUCAUUCCUUCUGGUCCACUUCUACAGAAAGAACCCCCAUUUCUCACCUCUCUACAUCAGGUUUUCAGUCUGAUCCAGGUUCACCUGUGAAUCUGCCACAGUUACGGGCCACGUUACGUCAUCCAGCAGCUGCUCCAGCUGUUUCACCACUGGUUUUAUUUUGAAGGGUCCCUCUGGUGUUGGUAAAAGUCUUCAGUUUUGUUCCGCUUCUCUUUCAUCAUCAUCAUCUGUAGACGUUUUAAUCGCCUUUUUGCUUUGUCGGAAUCAGAAAAAACAUUUUAUUUGUGAAUUUGAAGAAGUUCCCCUCUGAGAAGUCCAACUUCCUGUAAGGUCACGUUAAGCCUUUCAACCUGGGACGAUAAUUUAUCUACAUGAAGAUCAGUCCACAGUUUGUUUUCUGUUAAGACUUUUUCAGUUAGUUACAUCAAACGCAGGAUACUGAGAGGACUUAAAAUGAAAAUCACCGGUUUUCCUGAAUGAAAUGUGAAAGAUUUGACAUUUACCAGCACGAGAGGAAUCUUUUAAGUGUCAGUUCUCCAAAAAUCACACAAAAAUAAACCAUUAACAUUACUGGUGUCUUCACACAGACUGUUGUGGCCACUGUUUGGGGUCGGGAGAGCAAUAUAGACUUGAACGAGGUCGGGGGAGAAAGUAAUAAUAUUAUGAGAGUACAGUAGUUAUAUUACCAGAAUUCUUCUCACUAUGUAUGCCUUUUUUCUUAAAAUAGUUUGACUUUUUUCCUGUAAACCUCAGACUGCCCGCUAACUUUGGCCCGAAUACUCGGUGCGUUAUCUGUACAUGCAGAUAGUUUAAGAUAUCUGCUGCUGAGAUUUCUGCUACAGCAGAAGUGAAGCCGUAGAGCUGCCGCUACGAUUAAUCUACUGAUUAUUUUGUUGAUUAAGUGGUUAUUGUUUGGUCUAAUAAAUGUCAGCGAUUAGUUGGGGGGGGAAAAAGCCUGUUCCCAGAGUCCGUGGUGAUGACUUUAAUUGUCUUGUUUUGUCCAAAACUCAAAAAUAUUUAGUUUCCCGUCACAGAAAACUAAGAACACCAGCAAAUAAUCACAAUUGAGAAGCUGGAAUUGGGGAUUUAUUGCAAUUUUUCCUUUUAAAAAAAACAAACAAUUUUAACAAUUAAUCCAUUAUCUAAAUUGUUGCUUCAAAGGUCCAGUGUGGAGGAUUUAGUGGCAUCUAGUGGUGAAAUUACAGACUGCAGCCAUGUGAACACCGCUCGCCUCGCCCUCCCCUUCCAAGCGUCACGAAAAACGCCAAAGGCCCGCUCUAGAGCCGGUGUUUGGUUUGUCCGUUCUGGGCUACUGUAGAAACAUGGCGGUGCAACAUGGCGGCCUCUGUGGAAGAGGACCCGCUCCCUCUGUAGAUAUAAAGGCUGAUUCUAAGGUAACGAAAACACAACGAUUCUUAUUUUCAGGUGAUUAUGCACUGAUGAAAACAUACUUGUGAAUAUUAUAAUCCAUUUCUGCCGACAGAUCCACCUAAACGUUAACACACUGGACCUUUUUAAAUUAAUUAACUGCUUAAGCUGUAGAGUUUAGUUUGUGGAGCUUAAAACACUGAAAACGCAGCAACUCUUCUUUCCAAAAACAAGACCUGACUGUCAAACUGGCCAAAUAUCACCAGCUGCGAGCCAGAAAAGGUUGUGAUUUGGGUGAACUGACCGUUUAUGCGAUGAGUGGCGUGUAACCGAGCCCGGUUUCACCUGGAAGCCUGUCGUCACAGAUGUUGCCGGUUUGAGGAGAAGCGGAGCCGCGGCUCGGACUCGAUCGUGUCCGUGUGUCGACGCUUCGUUUAGUUUUUCCUCCCGAGGACGAUCGCUGCUCUGACUCGGGCGGACUUUCCCCACAGUCUCGUACCCGCUGCCGCUCCUGUAACGCAGAUUUGGACGUGUUUGACGGUCAAUGCGUCAACACGCUUUUCAACCAGGUGCCUUUUGAGAUCCGGCAGUCUGUGGAAAACCAGCAACAGCCCGUCGCUGCUUCGCUACUUCUUCUGUGGUUGUCUGUGUGUUGCGGCGCUCGCUGAAACGGCUAGCCUGGCUCCGGUAACAUGAUCGGCUUAGCAGCGCCUCUAAAGCUCGCUGAUUAACAGUCGGCACGUAACUUCCCAUAAAACCACACGCUGUCGUUUUGUACGGAUUUAUUUUGUCGUACUUUUGGUACCUGCUUUGUUUUCUAUAGAUAUUUUUUAGUUUUGAUAAAUACUCAUUACUGACGUCGUUUCUUUAAUACAUCUUACCUAUGAUUGAGAAACAUGAUAUUCUCUCACACACACACACACACACACACACUAAACUGCUAUAACAGCCGACAUGUCAAGUCUCACACUUUACCUGUCAGACUCGUAUUUUAAUGUCUUUAUCCUCUGUGAUGUGGAAAAACGUCAGAUUUUGACACCGUCAAGAGAAAUGACGAGUACGCGUCCUGCUCAGAGCUGAGUUAAAUAAUCCCAGCGCGCUGACAAAGUGCUGGUUCUGAUUAUCAGCGUUUAGGGGGGGCAGCCCUAUCUAGUAGGUGGAUUUUGUUACCGUCGGACAGAGCCGGGCUAGCUGUUUCCCCGUUUCCGAUCUUUAUGCUAAGCUAAGCUAACCAUCAGCGGGCGGUAGCUUCAUAUUUACCGUACAGACACGGGAGUGGUAUCAAUCCGAACAUCCUCGAACUAUCACUAUCCCUUUAACCCGCUCAAACUAAAGGACCACGUUUGCAUUCAAAUCAGAAGUAUUGAUUUGUCUCUUUUGGACUGUCCGGCAGGCGUUCAGGGAUCAGUGCGAGUUCACCGGCAGGUCGAAGCUGCAGUCGCUCGGUUCUCACGGCAGCUUUUGUGUUUUGUAACACUUUUCAAGGAGCGUUUCAUUGAUUAAAGCUGCCGCUGAACGCUGUUGAGUCACGGUCGUUGAUACCAGGGAGUAUUUAAGUCGAGAGACGGCCUCGUGCGGCACGCAGCGGUGGCCGAACACACGCUGUCAUCUUUGUUUUCGUUGCAGCUGAGUGUAAACGGAAAGCUUGUACGUUUGUUUGGGUUCAGACGUCCUGUCUGCUCCUCCGGGUGUAAGCGCUAAGUGGAUUUACAUUGAAUAAAAAUCUUUAGUUUUUCUGGAGCUCAUAAGCAGAUAUGGAUGUUUUUAAUUCACAUUAUAUCUGAAUUACUUCUCUGUCAUGUCAGAUGGCCAGAUAAAUUGAAGCUCGUGUAAUAAAUUCAUGUAAAAACAUAA